UUGUAUCACGUGCUCUCGCGACACGAAACGCUAACCCGGCUUCCGAUCCACGCGUCUUCAUUGCACCCGUCGACGUCAUCCUGUCUCAAGGGAACCGAGCCACAACCCAUCACCAUUAGUGUUCUAACCCUUACCAGCAUGCCUCCUCAGAAACGCAAGGCGCCGGUGACUACCGAGUUUGGCGCAGAAGAGACGGAAGGACGCUUGGCUCGUCGGCGGUCACUGCGCGUCAGCUCGUCGGGCCAAAAGAGCAAGUACUUCGGGACCGACUCAGACUCGGACACCACCGAAGAUGAACCCCGGCUGAAGCAGGGCCGCGGCAGGGGCAGACCGGCCAAGAAGACUAAGGUCAAGGUCAAGCAGCCAGAAGCCGAGUCGGAUGGCGACGAGGAUGAAUACAGGGAGGAGCAGGCGCACGAAGCAGAGCCGAACGCCGAAGACAGCGAUGAUGAUGAGGUUGACGAGAACGCCCCGCCAAAAGUCACCUUUGUGCCCCUGCCGAAGCUGCGUGACACGGGCGGCAUCGAGUACGCCGACGACCGGCUGCACCCGAACACGCUGGCCUUCCUCCAGGACCUCAAGGCCAACAACAAGCGGUCGUGGCUGAAGGAGUACCGCCGGGCGCUCAAAGACUGGGAAUCCUACGUCACGACCAUCACCGAGAAGAUCAUCGACGCAGACCCGACCAUCCCGGAGCUGCCCUUCAAAGACGUCAACUUCCGCAUCUACCGCGACAUACGCUUCAGCAACGACCCCACGCCCUACAAGGCGCACUUCUCGGCCGCCUUCUCCCGCACCGGCCGCAAGGGGCCCUACGCAUGCUACUACAUCCACGUCGAGCCCGGCGCCAGCUUCGUCGGCGGCGGGCUGUGGCACCCGGACUCGUCUGCGCUGGCCCGCCUGCGCGCCAGCAUCGACGAGCGGCCCCGGCGCUGGCGCCGCGUGCUCAACGACGGGGCCUUCAAGGAGACUUUUCUGGGCAUCUCGUCGGUUACCUUCGCUGCUGAUGGGCGCGUGGGGAAGGUGAGUAAGGGAACUAAAAAGAAGAAGAAAGGGAAGGGGGAGGAGGAGGCCGAGGAGGAGGAGGAGGAGGAGGCGCUGAAGGCGUUUGCGGAGAGGAACCGUGAGGGCGCGCUCAAGACGCGGCCGAAGGGGUUUAUCCCCGAGCAUAGGGACAUGCAGCUGUUGAAGCUGAGGAAUUUUACUGUUGGGAAGAAGGUUGCCGAGGAGGUGUUUACUUCUGCGAGCGGGCAGGAGGAGGUGGCUGGGAUUGUGCGGGCUAUGGUUGGAUUUGUGAGUCUCGCUUUUCUUUUGAUGUCGACUGUUGCUGCGGGAUGAGUGAGCUGACACUCGAGCACCUAGGUCACGCACCUGAAUCGGAUCGU